AUGGUAUGGUAUGGACCGGACCGUGUCAAAUUUUUAGGACCCUUCUCGGCUCAAACUCUGUCAUACCUGACCGGAGAAUUCCCGGAUGACUACGGAUGGGACACUGCUGGUUUAUCGGCUGAUCCCGUGGCCUUUGCUAGGCACUUGAGCAUUCUUGUAGUGCUUGGCUUCCAAGUUCUUCUAAUGGGACUUGUUGAAGGAUUCAAAAUCAAUGGUUUUCCCGGAGUUGGAGAGGGCAACAACCUUUACCCCGGUGGCCAAUACUUUGAUCCUCUAGGCAUUGCUGAUGACCCUGUCACCUUUGCUGAGCUCAAAGUGAAGGAAAUCAAGAACGGAAGAUUGGCAAUGUUUUCCAUGUUCGGAUUCUUCGUUCAAGCUAUUGUCACCAGACAACGACCUCUCGAGAACCUGUUGGACCACCUCGACAACCCUGUUGCUAACAAUGCAUGGGUCUAUGCGCCAGGAUCAUAA